AUGAAGUCAUCUUGGCUACUUUUCACAUGUCUUGUAAUCGUAGCAUCUGUCCAAGGCGAAGACGAUGAUCCUGCUGAUCCUCCGCCGCUUCCAUACGAUGACGAUACACAACCUCCGGAGGCAACAACUCAACCCCCGAUGGAAGGGAUAACAACUCAACCCCCGAUUCCAACCCACAGAUCUAAUCCACCCCAGACGCAAAACGCGCAGGGUGGAGAAGACGAACUUGAUAUAAUUAUGAGAGAACACGUCUCAGCGCUCGUAAACGAUGCUAGAGAGCGAUUGAGGGCAAUAACGCCAGGGGCAGAGCUACCUCCCGAUGCGAAUCUUGCUGAUCAGGUCAAAAAAGCAUUUGAGAAGCAGGAAAAGGAAAAAAGCAAGAAUGAGAAUCAAGACAGCGAAUUCCACGGCCUUUUGAGGAAGAUAGUGUAUGACCAGUGGAAGAACAAGAAUUCGGAAACAAAAUCGGAAACAACUGGUGGCACGAAUGGCUAGCUUGAAAAUGCUAAUGAAAUCCUUGUUCCAUAGUGCUAGUACAUUUACUCUAAUUAACUG